GAAGUUUCCUAAACAUGCAAUGUUCUCUCUGGUGUCUGGGAUUUCAUGCUUGUUAUGUCCCCUCUACUUAUCUAUUUUUUAUCUCACUGACAUACUUGUUUUUGAGGUUCCCAUUUAGAAAGCCCUCCACCCGCAAGAUUUCUCUGACUCCUCAAGACUGGUUGAGAUUCUCCACUAUUUCUUCCCAUAAUAUCCUGUCUUUUUUCUAUCUAGAACUUUUUAUUUUGUACUUAAAUUUUAUGUUUUCUUGUGCCACUCACAGACUAUAAAUUCUUUGAGGGUAGGGAUAUUGUCUUCACUUCACUUUCCUCUUCUGAGGUGAAAGAUAUUUCAGUCCAACAUCCUUAUCUGUUUGCUCUGAGCUGUCAUUAUCUAUGAGGCUAUGAGUGUACUGAGCUCUCACUCCCACAUAUGCAGACACAUACCCCAAACUGGACCCAGGUAACAGAGUUUGUCAUGAUGGGCUUUGCUGGGGUGCAUGAAACACACAUCCUCUUCUUUUCACUUUUCCCCACCAUGUACCUGUUCAUCUUGGUGGAGAACUUGGUCAUCAUCUUAGUGGUGGGUUUGGACCACCAGCUAUAUAGAUCCAUGUAUUUCUUCCUGAUGCACUUGUCUUGCCUUGAAAUCUGGUACAUUUCAGUCACAGUGCCUAAGAUUCUGGCUGGUGUAGUUGGGAUGCGUGGGGAAAAGAAUAUCUUGUUUGCUGGCUGCCUGUUUCAGCUCUUCAUCUUCACCUUCCUUGGGGCAACUGAGUGUUUCCUACUGUCUGCCAUGGCCUAUGACCACUAUGUGGCCAUUUAUAUGCCUCCCCAAUAUGGGGCCUUGGUGUCUAGGGGCACCUGCAUCCAUCUGGAAGCUGCUUGUUGGCUGGUGAGCUUCCUCAUACCUACUUGGCCCAUCUACCUCAUGUCCCAGCUGACAUUUUGUUGCCCCAAUGUCGUUGACCACUUCUUCUGUGAUGCGUCACCCCUGCUUGCCUUGUCCUGUUCAGAUGUCAUCCUAAAGGAGACCAUAGACUUCCUGGUCUCUCUGGCUGUGCUCCUGGCCUCCUCUGCAGUCAUUGCUGUGUCCUAUGGCAACAUUGUCUGGACACUGCUGCACAUAUGCUCAGCUGCAGACAGCUGGAAGGCCUUCUCCACUUGUGCAGCUCACCUGAGUGUAGCGAGCCUCUUCUAUGGCACGCUUCUCUGUAUGUACGUCCAGAGCAAAGUGGCCUCUUUCAUCAACUUCAGCAAGGUGGUGAUUCUUCUACUCCAUUGUCAUGCCAAUGCUCAACUCUCUCAUCUAUAGUAUUUGGAACAAGGAGG